AUGAAGCUAUCAAACUCAGGCAAGAUUUUCCAAUCCAUUGGAUUGACGAAAUCUGACUCAGAUAUUCCUCUGCGUGCAUGUGUUUCAUCCGAUGGCAUCAGCAUGGGACAACCGCCCAAAAACAGAACGGGGCCACCUUAUCAGAUUUCCAGGUCGUUGGGCUCUGAAGGUAAUAUAUUUGAGUCAAAGCGAAAAAAUGGCUCGGCACACAGCGUCUUGUCGUACGAAAGUCUCCAAAUGAGUUUACGACCUCCUUCUAGCAGACCGAAGUCAGGAAUGAUGAAAACCAGCUAUGUCAUGAUCAACGGGUUCCCGUUCCCUCUGGAAAUAGUGUUUCCCAAGAAGAUUGCAGAUAGAGGACAUGAGGCGGUGGAGGCGCCUAGCAGACCUGCUACACAACCGCUUCCCUCAGCACGAGAUUCGCCGCGCUCACCAUCAAAAUGCGUCCCGCAUUCAUUGUUAGCUAUUCCAGAGCUUCCAGUUCCCGAUGAGAUACUUACGAAACCCUCUGCUGACUUAUCUCCGCAGUUGCUAUUCAACUCGCCUAUAUGGAGUGAAUUUGAGAGUGACGUUUCUGAAACCAAGAAGGAAACUAACACUUCGCAAAGUGGUAUUUUAGGAAAUUCUGAUGCUGGCAAACCUACAGCUGGAGCGUGGUUAACUGAAAAGCCGAAGAAACAAAGAAAGAAGUCAAAGCUGAAAUCUAAUCCGCCAUCCAACGAGUCUAAAACGUUGCCUCCCCGAAAACCUCUGUUCUUCACAGCCACGUACGAAGAUGCACUAGAAUUGAUGAACCGGCCCAUAUUUUCGUCUGAUGAAAAGGAGAACAGAGGUGUACCGAUUGUGAUGAAGAAAACGAGGAAUAGUUCCUAUGCAGGGUCUGAAGUUAACAACAAUCAUUAUACAGAGGAGGACUCGCGUGGUUACAUGUCUCCUUCGCAUAUUAUGCUCUCGAGUCUCCGGAUCAUCAGCGAGGAUUUCUUUUAUGCAUAG